AUGGCGAGUAGAGAGAGAGAUUUGCAGAACCGCCAUUACCCGCGAAGCCGUGACCGGAAACUCUCGUCAACGGUGGAAAUCCCCGAAGGAUGUCGUUGCGAGGAUCGAGAAAACGGCUGUUACUCUCCGGUAUCAGGUAGGUCGCCAUCUCCUUCAUACUCUUCCGACGAUCAUCUUCGUCGUCGUCAUCGUAGCCCUAGCCCUAGCCCUAGCCGUAUUCGUAGUCGUUGUUGUAGUCUGACUCGCAGCCCUGUCAACGGUUACGAAAGAUCUCGUUACGAAUCAGAUCUCCGUCGUGAUCGACCGGACUCAAAUGGAUACCAUUACAACCAUAGGAGAAGCCCUAAGUCUAAUGGAAAUGUAUACCGCGACAACUCCGAAUCUGAUGAGGAAUUGAAGGGGUUGAGCUACGAAGAGCACCGCAGGCUUAGACGCCAGAAACUGAGGAAGAGCCUGAAGAAAUGUAUUUGGAAUUCCACCCCUAGUCCUCCUCCCGGUGUAAGGAUUCGCUCUGAGCCUCUGGAUGAAGCCAAGGAAGUUGCAGAAAAGGACAACCAAAAGGGUGAUUCGAAAGGGGAAGAUCGGCAGGAGAACGGAACUGGUCGCCGUCGUGUUGAUUCCGAAUCUGAAGACUCGGGAAAAAGUUUGUCGGACACGGAUGAUUCCCGGUCUAGGAGGAAGGUUAGAAGCCGACGGAGUGAUGGGCGGAAGAGUAAAUCGUCAGGUUCUAGGAGGCGCAGAAGUAGAAAAUCAUCCGUUGAUACUGAAUCAAAUGAAGAAGUAAGCGUGUCAGAGACUUCUUAUUAUUCAAGUGAAGAAGACACGAAAGGUAGGAAGAAAUCUGGAAGAACGCAUAGUAGGCAAGGGAAUAAUAGGAGUAGACGUAGCAGCAAGAGAACAAGGAGAAGCAGAAACAGUAGAGAUAUUGAUUCUGAUGAGAGCCCAACUGAGGAGAGUGGAAGUGGAGAGGUAUCUGAUACAAGCCCGUCCUCUGAUGAGGACGCCAUAUCCAAGAAGCAGAAGCUCGGCAGUUCCUCUUCCCGUACGAAAAGAAGCAACAAAAAGGGGCACACUGAAUCAGGGAGUGAGAGUUCAACUGAGGGCUCUUCUGACUCCGAAGUUGAUGCGAAAAGCAUCGCUAUGACUGAUGACACAAAGAAUGCUGAGAUUAAUACGGAGGCCCUGAGUUUCAAGGAGUUGUUUGAGUCUCAGAAGAAAUCUGCUUUGGACAGCGAACCUAUUGUGGGACCUGUUCCUCUUCCAAGGGCUGAAGGGCAUAUUAGCUAUGGAGGUGCUCUUAGGCCUGGUGAGGGUGAUGCUAUUGCUCAGUAUGUGCAGCAAGGAAAGCGUAUUCCUCGCAGAGGAGAAGUGGGUCUUUCUGCUGACGAGAUUCAGAAGUUUGAGGGUCUUGGUUAUGUGAUGAGUGGUAGUAGGCAUCAGAGAAUGAAUGCAAUUCGUAUCCGAAAAGAAAACCAGGUGUACAGUGCUGAAGACAAGCGGGCUUUGGCAAUGUUUAACUAUGAGGAGAAGGCAAAACGCGAACACAAGGUCAUGGCAGAUCUACAGCGGCUGGUGCAACGUCACAUUGGGCAAGAAGUUGGUCCAACUCAUGAUCCUUUUGCUGUAAAAGCUUCUGAGGGGACUGAUAACUGAUACUUUUGUAUACAUUCAAUGUUAUCCACGUGCUAUAUGUUGUUCUCUUUCUAGGAUGCGGCAUGGGC